CAUGAUGAUUAAUGCCCAUAAUAAUACACAUAUACUUACACAAAAGCUGCGCUGUUUCUCUCGCUCGGUCUUCUUCUUCUUCUUCUUCUUCUUCCUCCUUUCUUAUUCUAUGUUGCAGUGUCUGACCGCAUAAGCAGCUCUCUCGUCGGUUCUUUUCUCGUCGGCUGUUGCUGCUGAGGCCAGUGAAACAUGAAGAUGCCAGUAGCAUUUUUCUUGCUGCUGGCAUUGAGCAAUACUGUUUUUAAAGUGAAUGGAGAAGGGGGAAACAGACAAUGUGAUUAUAAGUUUAAAAUAGAACCAAGACCACAUAGUGUGUCAAUUUUGGAGUUUGGUGCUGUUGGAGAUGGCAAAACACUGAAUACUCUUGCCUUUCAAAAUGCCAUUUUCUAUCUCAAAUCCUUCGCUGACAAGGGCGGGGCCCAGCUCUACGUGCCCCCUGGGCGCUGGCUCACCGGAAGUUUCAACCUGACCAGUCACCUUACACUGUUUUUGGCUAGAGGUGCUGUCAUCUUUGGAUCUCAGAAUCCAUCUCAUUGGGAGGUUAUUGAACCCUUACCAUCAUAUGGCCGAGGCAUUGAGCUCCCUGGACCCAGAUAUCAGAGUCUGAUCAGUGGCUACAUGUUACGUGAUGUUGUAGUAACUGGUGAUAAUGGAACCAUUGACGGACAAGGCUCUAUUUGGUGGGACUGGUUCAAUUCUCAUUCCUUAAACUACAGCCGGCCUCAUCUUGUCGAGUUCACCUUGUCUGAAAAUAUAGUAGUCUCAAAUCUUACUUUCUUGAAUGCACCUGCAUAUAAUAUCCAUCCGGUCUACUGUAGUAAUGUACAUGUUGAGAAUGUAUCGAUCUAUGCUCCUCCAGAAUCUCCGUAUACUGUUGGUAUUGUUCCAGAUUCUUCAGAUCAUGUAUGCAUAGAGGAUUCCAGCAUUAGCAUUGGUCAUGAUGCCAUUUCCCUCAAGAGUGGUUGGGAUGAAUAUGGCAUUGCUUAUGGUAGACCCACCACAAAUGUGCACAUCAGAAGGCUCCACCUCCGGUCAUCUUCCGGUUCAUCCAUUGCAUUUGGCAGUGAAAUGUCUGGUGGUAUUUCUAAUGUAGAAGUACACCAGGUCCACCUCUACAACUCACCAACUGGAAUUGAGUUCAGGACAACAAGAGGCAGAGGUGGCUACGUUAAACAGAUCAUCAUAUCAAAUGCCGAAUUGGAAAACAUUGUUACUGCGAUCGUGGCCAAUGGUAAUUCUGGGUCCCACCCAGAUGAUAAAUUUGAUCCCGAUGCUCUCCCUGUUUUGGAUCACAUCACGUUGCAGAACAUGAUUGGCACGAAUAUUACACUCGCAGGGAACUUGACAGGAAUUGAAGAAUCUCCUUUCACUUCUAUACAUCUAUCAAACAUCUCCUUAUCAAUCACUUCUGGCACCUCCAUUUCUUGGAUAUGCUCCUACGUUUCUGGCUUCUCAGAGUCUGUCUCCCCUGAACCAUGCCCUGAUCUCGAGAGUUCAUAUUCAAAGUCAUCCUUGCCCUUCCUUUCCAUCCUGAACUAUACCGGGACAGCCACAGUUUCAUGACUGUUUCUUCUCAGAUCAUGAUGAAAUUGUGGAAGAAGAAAAAGUUGAAAAUCUCAUGCCAUUCUUACCAUUUCACAAGUAGGUCAGAUUCUUUUCAAUAAAACCCGUGUCUAGAAUUCUUGUUUCUUUCCUCCCUUUGGUUCGUUUGAUUGCAGCAGCCUGCAGAUUAUUAUUUGUACAGCCUCAUUUCUUGAUUCAUGUGUAAGGAAAGUUUUGGUAGUGAUGGUGGCAUAAGCAAUGAAGCAAGCAAGCAAGAAAAUUUGGGAACUUUUGGUAUCUUCUGCAUUUGGGUAUUUUAAGAAAUUGAAUUCCUUUCAUGUUUAUAUGGAUUGGUUGUUUCAGAUUUCCAUUGUAAAGCUUUUUUUUUAUAUUUAUUCGAGUUCUUCGAUUGGAAUAAUCAGUAGAUUUUUACUUAGUGAAGAUUGAAUGGAUUAAUAA